AUGGCGAAGAGUAGAGGAACGAGUUCCUCCCGACCUACAAAUACGGUUCCCUCUACAGAUCACCCCCUUUCUCCUGAUGCUCCGCCAGCGUAUUACCAAGAAGAUACUGUCCCGUUUGGGGGUUCGGCGUCUGCCUUAUCUGCACGGCAGAUUGAAAUCCAACAUCUCCUACCCGCGCAUGGCCACACCACCGAUGUUCAGGUUGCACAACGAAAGCGUCCGCCCGAAGUUAGACUUCGUUUCAUGGAACCCCCAGACGAGGCUGUGGUUACCCAAAGUUUGACGACACCCAAUCAGGCGAAUGGAGCUCAAGAGGCCGAUCUUUCUCACUCUGACGAAUGGGAUCACCAUGCGAUUUCAAAAGGGGAUGGUCGAUGGCCUAGAAGAUCCACCCGCCUCAUUGCGGUCGCCGUGAUUCUCGUUGUGAUUCUCGCCGUCUUCCUCCCCGUGUUCAUCAUCGUUGUGCGGAAGGCGUCGAACAACAACGGCGCUCAUGUUGUACAAUCUCCCCUUGCUGGAUGGAACCCUAUUGGUUGUUACAAUGAUACCGGGAAUCCGCGUACUCUGCUCGCGGUCACUCAUAGCUCCGCUGAAAUGACCCCGGCCCAAUGCCUUGCAUAUGCAAUGCUGUAUGCGCGCUUACUCCGAGUCACGCUCCUUGAAAGAAUCUCAUUGGUGUUUUCAGACUGCGGCUACAGCAUCCAGAGCUCAGCAACCCCUGCAAACGUCAAUGAGUGUAACAUGACCUGCGCAGGAAACAGUACCCAGACAUGUGGGGGUUUCUGGAAAAUAUUCAUCUACUCCUACGGCCACCCGGUGACGCCGGUCAACAAGCCAUUAGUGAACGGUUUGCAGUAUAACGGAUGCUACACUGAUAACAACGCCACUUCGCGUUCUCUCAAUGGGACGUUUUUCACUGAUGAAUUGAUGACCGUUGAAAUGUGCGCCUCGGCCUGCACAUCCAACUACAAGUUGGCCGGCCUUGAGUAUGGGAGUCAAUGCUGCAAGUAUUCACCUCACCGAUAA